AUGUAUUUAUCAAAUUGCUCCGAUCCGGUUGACAGAUAUGAUAAACAAUAUUCCGUAAGUAGUAAAUAUACGAUCGUAACUUUUGACUCGAACGAUAAAAAAUCACCCUCCAACUCCUCUCGGGAAGCCAGACGUACGUUUCGUCUCUCACGAGACUCGUCAGUAGCCUGCCGAAUAAGGUUUAAGAUAACAAAACUCAAUUAUUGUAACCAAGAAACUCAAAUUGAGAAGGUUGAAACACCAACUUUUUGUCCAAGCUUUUUUGUCAAAAUUGCGUUCUCUGACACCAUCUCAACAAUACCAAAAUCUGAAACAAUCCUGAUUGGAGGCGAUCUCAAUGGCCACGUUGGAGAGAAAACAGAUGGUUUUGACAACGUACAUAGCGGUUUUAACUAUGGAGAACGGAAUGAAGAUGGCAACCGCAUCCUUGAGUUUGCUGAAAGUAACGGGUUUUGUUUACAGAACACAAAUUUUAACAAGAGAAGAAAUUUAAUAUCUCGCGAAAUUGAAGAUAAGCGGAAAACUCGUGAUGAGUUACAGCACGAUUUGGACCUAGCGUAUGAAACAUGGAAUAAUAUAAUUGAUAUUAAUAUUGAACUUAUUUUACUGAUAUUAAAACUUGCGAUUUAA